GUUAUCGCGGCAUCAAAUCUGACUUCACUUACUCCUGGAGACCAGUCAACAAUACCAACUUCGCGGUGUGCGUCGUGGUUGCUAAUGACGAACUCGAUACUAAGGCCAUGGAUAUUCCUAACGCCAACCCUCAGCCAGAUCUGUACCACCGUUACGACAUUGUGAAACAUCUUAAAGUUGGUUCAAUCAUUGAAGACAAACCCAUCGCUUUCUUGAACAAUAUUACCUUCCCUGCGACUUUAUCCCGAUCAAACUACUUUUUAAGUUCUAGUUGUUUCAACGACCCCUACAGAUUCGAAAAUACUCCGGAAACACUUGAAUUCGUCAAGGAGCUGUCUGACUUCGUGGACGGUAAGCGAAGUGUUCCACCAAUGCAGGCGCUAAAGAAAGAAGUGUUGGCGGAUAUACGACUAACGCGAGAAAUCGAACAAUGUUGGAAUCGUAACCCGAUGCGAGUGCUAGGCGCAGAUGCCGCAUGGCGUUACAUCGCUACCAACUCUGGUGCCAUGAGACAGUAUCCAGGAAGACAGACGUACAAUAACAGAUACGACCCUACCACCCGACCCUGGUACCACGCUGCCAAGUCGUACCCAGGCAAGCUCACCUUCUCUGUGCCAUAUUUGGACAAUGGUGGCGCAGGCGUUGUCGUGACAACCAGCCAAACGAUAAGCAGCGUCUCUAUGGUACGAGCUGUCAUGGGGAUAGACUGGAAGAUGAAAAAGAUUAAUGAAAUUGUAACCGGAAGUGRAGCCAUAUGUCAACAUUCUUCCGUCGCCUGCAUAUUGAUUGACCCAAAUGGUUAUGUAGUUUACUCCAAGCAGUUUAUUUUCAAUGGUAAAGUGGAAGGAACCACCCGUUGUGGUAGCUACAUCAUGGUACCCGUCCCUAACACCAACGUGUACCUUAUAGCCCUGGACGGCGGGGACUGCCCUGAUACUACCGUCAAAUGCCGAUCAUGCUCCAAGACCUCGUGUGCAGAUGGGAUAACAAAAGAUCUCUCUACCACCAUUCCUAUAUGUGUGCCAUGCGUGUGUAGCGUGCGGUACAACCCAUGUGCAUUACAUUAUUAUCAGUCACCCAAUGCAGCUGUUGUCUGUCCGUCCAUCGCACGCAACAACAUCAACACUAAAACAGCCUGCAAGAAGCCAGACACCGACUCUACAGUACUAAAGGGACCCAAGACAAUACCAAAGGCAGCGUCUCCUCCCCCUACGGGGAAUGGCGAGGUUAAGGGGGCAGCGCCCACCCAAAAUAAAGGCAAAGUGGAAACAAUUUUUUUUUUGUUUAUUCAUAUAUAUUUGGUUCAGAUAUUUUUGUAAAUGAGUCGAAUCAAAGAGAAAAAAAGGUUAACGAUUUCAAAACGAUAUAUAUUUUUCAUGGAUGGUUGACCCGUAGCUAUGGCAACAGAGAAGUACCUUUUCUCCCCGUUACCAUGGCGACAUCAAUCUCAUCUGUAAAUUUUUAUCCAACCGUUUUUUACUUUUUUUGCUUAAUUUUCACGUUAUCAUCGCUAUCUUCGAACUAAAACUAUACUUUUUCUAGUUUAUUUCUAGAAUAUAAGUUUUUUCCCUAAAUUUCCUGUCAUUAAGAUAUAAUUGAUUAAAGUUUAAAGUAAAUAUUAUC